AUGGACUUUGGGAGUAAUAUGACUUACGUAAUGCAUACAGGUUUACAGUUAUCGUUCAUGUUGGCUGCCUCCAUUUUCUGCCAGUUUGCUGACACAUCUGAUAGAGCCAUCUCCGCUGUGCUGGCACGGAAUGAACAAAGUCGGACCUUCGAAGGGUUUGUCGCUUUUCGCGGAAAUCAUCGGCGUCAACGCGUGCCGUGCCUUGGUUGCAAAUCCAGUUUUGCCUUGAAUGUGUUCUGCUUUUCGAGCAGCUCAAGGAAUUAUCGACGACAUUUACUUUUGAACACCUUUACAAUGAAAAUCACAACAACAAGCGCUCAACUACUUAUCAUGCUUGCAGUGUGUGGCCAAUGUCAACAUCAAGAAACGGUGAACGUAAGAGGGCAACUAAAUAUCGUUGACCACGUACAGCAAAUCGAACAAGAAAAUACCGAACCAGAUAACUUUUUUGAAAAUCUGACAUCUCUACGAAUAGCCAGAGAGCACUUGCAGAGAAAAAUUGCGGAAGAAAGGCGACAGCAGGAGGAAUUCAAGGGAGCCUUGGAAGAUGGAAAUAGUCCAGAACCAGCGUAG